AUGUCUUCAUCAUCAUCGGACCAACAACAACAGCAACAACAACAACCAAAAAGUGGAGUGGACUUUAUUAGAAAUCUUCGUCAAUACACCACUCAACACACACCUACUAGCUAUCAAUUCGAUCAAAAUACACCUCCUCCAGAAUAUUUGGAAAUUGAAGAGGAAGGCAGCAAUCGUAUUUUGGAGCAGUCGAUGGGCAAUAUUGGAAGAGCCUACAUCGGAUGUUUGGGAAUAGGAGCACUGCAUGGAGCUUAUAGAGGUAUCAGAUAUGGACAAGGAGGCUCAGUCAAGAUUCGUAUUAAUUCUAUUCUCAAUCAGGCAGGUAUCAGAAGCGUAAAGUUAGCGAAUAGUGUUGCUGCUGGUUUGAUAUUUUACUACUUGACGGAUAUCGGAAUGUUUUACUUUGGAAAGAAGACUGAAAGUGAAGAAGAAAAGAAGGCUCGUGAAGAGAAGGAAGCCACUAAAAACAUUGCACAACUCACUAGUUUUAAUGUUUCUGGAACUGAUAAUGAGAAAGAAGAAAAAGGUGUGGAUGAAUAUGAUGAAAUGAAGAACUCUCCUGUAAAUGCUGCGUUUGCAGGUAUGCUUACUGGUUUGCUCUAUGUAGCUCCAGCUCCUUUUGCAAAGGUUGCGCGAGGAGGCCUUGUUGGUGCUUCACUUGCACUUGCAAAUUCAAUCUAUAUUGGACGUUUUGAUCCAUUCACACCGCUUGAAAAUAACACUUGGAUGAGAGAUUGGGUAAUGCCAGUUUACCACAAAAUCGCUCCAGAAAGAUUUACCACUUUAUUUAGGGAAAUGAAGAACCCCAAUGGUUCGAAAUUAUACCCUAAAUUUGAGACUCUGAUAUCGUCAAGAUUUUCAGAGAGAAUAGGAUUUAAUACAAUUCCUAAUGAGAAGGAACACAACAAUAACAGUAAUCGCGAAUAA